CGGAGCCUGACUGACACCGCCGCAGGGGUCCCAGAGAGAGCUGUGGGGGACGCCGAACACCGGAGGGACAACUUGGCGGCGGGGGAGGGGGCCCCGGCGAGGACAGAGGGCAACCGGCCCCCCUGGCCAGCCCCGGAGACUGACAACGGCCAGGCCCGCCUUCCCCUUGGCGUCACUUCCGGCGGUGGCCGCCACCCCCGCCCGCUCUGUCUCUGGAGUCGCCUCGGACUCCGCCCCCUGGCGAUUGGAACGCGGGUCACGUAGCAACGCGGGGGAGACAGGGAGAGGGGCGUGGCCCGGAGCUCGGCCAAUCAGUGCGUGGGGGCGCAGGCCUCCGGCCGCUCGGCUCUAGCAACGUCGUUAGCAACACGUGGGGCGGGAGGAAGCGCGGGCGGGGGGGCGCGCGGAGCAGCGCGGGGGGGCCGCGGGAGGGCGCGGGCGCGCGGGGAGGGGAGGAGAACUGACGUCAGCGGGAGAGUAUUAUGGUCUGUCGUGCGCUGGCUGCUGCUUUUCUGCUCCUGGAAGCGGCCGAGGGGGGAAGAGGCGAGUCAACAUGGAGCUCUCGGCGGUGGGGGAGCGGGUGUUCGCGGCCGAAGCCCUCCUGAAGCGGCGCAUACGGAAAGGACGCAUGGAAUACCUCGUGAAAUGGAAGGGCUGGUCGCAGAAGUACAGCACCUGGGAGCCGGAAGAGAACAUCCUGGAUGCUCGCUUGCUGGCAGCCUUUGAGGAAAGGGAACGAGAGAUGGAGCUCUAUGGCCCCAAAAAGAGAGGACCUAAACCCAAAACGUUCCUCCUCAAGGCCCAGGCCAAGGCCAAGGCCAAGACUUACGAGUUCCGAAGUGACUCAGCCCGGGGCAUUCGGAUCCCCUACCCUGGCCGCUCACCCCAGGACCUGGCCUCUACUUCCCGGGCCCGAGAAGGCCUUCGGAACAUGGGUCUGUCCCCACCAGGGAGUAGCAGCAGCACCAGCAGCACCUGCCGAGCAGAGCCCCCUCGGGACCGGGACCGGGAGCGGGAGAGGGAGCGGGAACGAGAGAGGGAACGUGAGAGGGAGCGAGAGCGGGCAGCCAGCCGUGUGGAUGACAAGCCCAGCUCACCAGGGGACAGCUCGAAGAAGCGAGGCCCCAAGCCCCGGAAGGAGCUCCUGGACCCCUCGCAGAGGCCCUUAGGAGAACCCAGCGAUGGCCUCGGAGAUUACCUCAAGGGCAGGAAGCUGGACGACACCCCUUCAGGGGCAGGAAAGUUCCCAGCAGGCCACAGUGUGAUCCAGCUGGCCCGAAGGCAGGACUCGGACCUGGUGCAGUGUGGUGUGACCAGCCCUAGUUCAGCGGAGACCACGGGCAAGCUGGCUGUGGACACUUUCCCAGCCAGGGUCAUAAAGCACAGGCCUGCCUUCCUGGAGGCCAAAGGCCAGGGUGCGCUAGACCCUGGAGGCCCACGGGUCCGGCAUGGCUCAGGCACCCCCGGCUCUGUGGGAGGCCUGUACCGGGACAUGGGGGCCCAGGGGGGAAGGCCCUCCCUCAUCGCCAGGAUCCCAGUGGCCAGAAUCCUGGGGGACCCUGAGGAAGAGUCCUGGAGCCCCUCCCUGUCUAACCUGGAGAAGGUGGUGGUCACAGACGUGACCUCAAACUUUUUGACCGUCACCAUUAAGGAAAGUAACACGGACCAAGGCUUUUUUAAAGAGAAAAGAUGAAUUGCUGAGUGGGUGAGCCCAGGACAAGAGAGCAGGGGAGAGAGUGAGCGAAAGCUUGGCAAAUGCUUUUUAUUUCUGGUGGGAUGUGGCCGCCUGGCUGGUCCUGUCCCUAACUUCAUACCCCCUCAGCCCCUUUCAUUCCUCCUUCCCCUCAGUUUUGGUUGAAAAGAUUAUUUCUAGAGUUAUAUUUUCUAUUAGAUGUAAAUAUGUUAUUUAAGAAAAAUAUCUAAAUAUAUAUAUUUCAACUCUUGAAGUUGUUUUAUUUACACGAGGAGAGAGAGACAGUGUGUUUUAGUUGGGGCAGGCCGGCUGAGCUGGGGCAGGAGGGCCCCCAUCCCCCCAGGGCACUAGGAAAGUUGGGGGCCUGGGCCCUGGGUUUCUGAUGGUGUCUGGAGGGAUGCAGCCAGCCCACCUCGCCCCUCCUCCCUUCUCCGCAGCCCAGUGCCAGAUUCCUGGCACCAAGUCAGGGCCCAGAUUUUUUCUCCCUUCCCAUUGGCCAGCCAGGCCAACAAAAGGUUGGAUCCCCAAUCAGAAAAAAGGGGGUGGAGUCAGUCUGUUUUUCUUUUUUCUAUUUUUUUUUUUUUUAAGAUUAAGAAGUCUAUUAGGGGGAAAAUGUAUUAACUUGGAUAACCUUUUCGUGUGUGAUGUUGAAGGUACAAAGCGGCUGGCUGGCUGGCGCGCGGGAGGGUGGGAACAGGUCCCCCCAGGACGACACCGGGAAAUGCACUUUAGGGAGGGGUGUGCGUGUUCUGCACGCAGCUCGUGUGUGUGUGUGUGUGUGUGUCAUGUGGAUAAAAUCUCCCCGUUCCCUCAAUUCCUUUCCUUACUCCGCAGAAAGAAAAAGCCAGCGAAUCUGUUUACAUUCCCGAAAUGCCAGGAUAAAUUGGGAGGAUUGCGUGUCAGUGCCCAGAGUGCGAGACAGUUGUACAAGAAAAGUGUUGGGGUGGACUUUUCCCUUUCGCGUCCUCUAGCUUCGCCAGGAGAAGAGACGGCGGCCCCCACCUCCCAGGAAGAGUUGGACAAGCCUGCCCCCGGGAGGGCGGGCCGCUGGCGCUCCGACGGACACGGCUGGACGGGCCACCCUGCGGGACCGCGGAGGGAGGCGCGGCGGGCGGCGGGCGCGGCUGGCAGCGGCGGCCUCGCACCCAGGCCCUCUCCCGGCCGGGCUGGAGCGCGGUGGAGGACCCGGCUGGCGCUCGGGGCCGCGGCAGGACUCGCAUCCCUGGCGCUCGGCGGGGCGAGGGGAAGGAGGGCGAGGCAGGGUUUUCAUCCAAGAAUGCUCAUAAGAACUUUUGCUUUUUCCUCCCCCCCUUCUUAAAAGCAAAAACUAUAAUUUAUAGGCCUUUUCAAUUCGCAGUGUUCUCUAUUUGAACUCGACAAGCUCCGCCAAAGGGGGAGGGAGGAGCGGGAGUUGGGAGUGGAGACGGCCGCGGCGGGGGAGGCCGAGCGCGGCCGCGGGGCCGGGACGCCCCCGCCCCGGCAGACUCUGGGCCACUCUGCGCUCCGAGGGCGCAGAACGUGGGCCCCUCUUUUGACUCAAAAGCACAAAUCGGUCCCCUCCACCCCACCCCCGUCCCUUCGAGCUCUGAUCCAGCAGCCUCCUGGCCCUCCCCGCCCUUAAAGGGCCAGCGAAGACCUAACUUCCCACUGCUCGUUCAGGGAGGGCCGCUGGGGCCCUGCGCGCCGAAGCAAGCACAGACGCCGGACUCGGGCGAGCGAGGCAGGGGGCGGGUGGGGGAGCUUCGCCGCGGAGAGGGACGGGAGGGAGCCCCAGCCUCGUCCUCGCACUCCCGACUUCCCACCGCCAGCCUCGCAGCCUCUUUUCCAGACUUUCUUGCCUUUAAAGAGAGGCAAAAAGAGGAAAUCGGUGUACUACGUGAUUUUGUUUGGUUUUGAAUAUCAAAUUGCGCCUAUAAAGAGAAGCCCCUGGAAUGGGGAUUUUUAUCUGCUCAAAUUUGUAAAACUGGUAUUUUAGACUUUGUAUAAAGAAGCGCCGUUGACCGAGUGUAUCUAUUUAAAUGUUGACGCUAUUUUCAGAUGAAACUUCAUUGAAGGGACGCGUCAGUUGCUGAGUGGACGGUGACUCAGGGACACAAGUCUUCACCUGGCUGCCGCCUUCCCCUCUGCUCCUGCCUUCGCUCCCACCCCCUGCUCCCUUCCUGGGGCCGCCUUUGCCCCUUCCCUCCGACCUUCCUCCAGCCAGCCUGGUUCUGUUCCCAGCGCCCCUCCAUCCUGCCAUUUGUCCGUGGCCAUGCGUGUGUGUCUCCCUCGCAAGCUCUUGCGACGCUGACCUGGGGUGGGUGGGCAGGGGCCGGGGGUCAUGUGCUGGGAGUCUGCAACCGCGUGGUGUGCGCGCCUGUUGGAUUUAUUUAAGUCUAAGAUUUGUACAAAUCUCGAAUCGAUCUCAGCCUCUGCUCAAGAGUGAAGCUUCGGUACUAUCCUCUGCGGUCGUGAAUGUCUGUAUCCAAUACCGCUUUUUACGUGUUUAAAUAUAUACUUUGUAAAUAGA